UCGAAUUAUCAUUAACAUCAUCUCUAAGCAAGAAUUUUAACUCAAAAUAAUUAUCAAAUAUCGUAAUACAACUGCUAUAAAGAGCAUAUAUAUGUUUUUACGAAACUUCGGUACGCGCAGAAGUGUUCUGCUACCCUAGUGUAUAUGAGUGAUUACAGAGCAUAGAUUACGAGCCAGAGAGAGCUGGCUGAAGGUGUAGAAGCGAGGCCCGGUGUUAUCAGCGGGACUUCCUUUGCCUGUGUGUCUUACCCAGCGUCCAGUGGUAAGACACCUUAACGUGUCUCUCUGUAAGUGUCUCUUACCGUGCUAAACCGCCAGUCUGUCUCUCUGGGGGCCUGGCGCUGUGGCCUCCACCGUGUUAAAGAUUCCUCUGGUCAACGUUCAUUCUCCCGUGCGCUGAUGUUGGUGGGAAGGUUGAACAUUUGAUCGUUGUUUAAGCACUUCUCUGCUCGGAUGCAGGAUUCGUGUGAGUCUAGGUCAGGAACCAGCCAAGGAGGAGCCUAGUGAUCGGGAGGUGUGAGAGUGGUGUGAGUACCGUCACUCCUGUGAGUACCGUCACUCCUGUGAGUACCGUCACUCCUGUGAGUACCGUCACUCCUGUGAGUACCGUCCAUCAUCGCCAGCCUCAGUAGAGCCAGCGGGGGACGCGUGCAGUGAUCUACGCACUACACGAAGAACAUUAUCAGGGAGGAUACCGUCUUUGGUGACUGUCACUUGUUCUCUCUCCGUCCACCAAGAGGCCAAACAUUCUUGUGUAAGACCUUUAAGAAGUUAAACCUUCUUGGGAAAGAGCUUCAAGGAGCCAAAUUUUCUCGGAUAAAAGCCCCUAAAGACUAUCAGCAUGGCCCUUGGGAUCCUGGACAUCGUGCUGCUGGCGCUGUCGGUGGUGGCCAGCGCCGCUAUCGGUAUCUACUACGGGGUUAAGGGCCUUAAAUCCACGCCCCUGGAGUACCUCCUGGGAGGGCGGUCGAUGAAGCCCUUGCCCCUGGCGCUGAGCAUGAUGGUGGGCACCAUAUCCGCCAUCACCAUCAUGGGCAACGCUGGCGAGAUGUACGCCUACGGCACCCAACUCUGGGUCAUGGACUUGGGCAUCGUCCUGGGCCUCGUCAUCGUCGCUAAGGUCUUCAUCCCCAUCAUGUACCCGCUACACAUGGUCUCUCUCUACCAGUAUGUGGAGCGACGGUUCAAUUCCCGUUGGCUGCGGCAAGCGACGGUGCUGCUGCAGCUGCUGGGCGGCUACACCUUCAUCGGGUUCCUCCUCUACCCACCGUCCAUCGCCCUACAGGCCUUCACCGGUCUCUCCAUCAUCUCAAACAUCGUUAUCAUCGGCUCCACCUGCACCCUCUACUCUGCUUUCGGUGGCGUGAAGGCAGUGGUGUACGCGGACGUGUUACAGUCACUGGUAAUGUUGGCGGGAGUUCUCGCCAUCGUCAUCCAGGGCGCCGUCUUCUUCGGCGGCAUCGACAACGUUUGGGACAUCGCCUACCAUGAGAACAGGAUCGAAUUCUUCAACUGGAACCUGGACCCAUACCAGCGCCACAGCUUCUGGCUCUGCAUCACCAUGGGCUUCUUCUUCACCCUGGGCACCUACGGCGUCAACCAGAGUCAGACUCAGCGCUACUUCAGCACCGGAUCAGUCCAGCAGGCGCAAUGGGUGUUGUACUACGCCGCCAUGGGGAUGGUCUUGCUGCGGGCCUUGAUCCACCUGUCCGGCCUGGUCAUGUUCGUCUACUUCAAGGACUGCGACCCCCUCACCGCCCCGGGCAGCCAUAGGGACCCCUCCAUCGUCGUGGUCACGUAUGUCCUCAAGGUCCUGACGCAGAUCCCCGGUCUGACGGGACUCUUCGUUGCCGCCAUCUACGCCGCCGUCCUCAGUUCGGUGUCAACACAGCUCAACUCCAUGACGGCUCUGCUGUGGGAGGACUUCCUCAAAGUCAUGCCAAUUUUCGCAAACUGGAGUGAAGUCAAAGUUGGCGGACUACAGAAGGUGCUAGUGUUUUCGGCGGGAGUGCUGGGGAUCAUCCUGGGCCUGGCGGUGUCGCAGCUGGGCUGGUCCUUCCUGAGGGCUCUCUUCGCUAUCAACGGCGCCCUCUCCGGCCCUCUCAUCGGCCUCUUCCUCACAGCCGUCUACCUCCCGUGGGUCAACUCGAAGGGAGCCUCUGCAGGUUUUGCCGUAUCCAUCUUUCUCAGCGUCUGGAUUGCCAUUGGCCAGCUCACUCAGCCCAAGACGGACUUCUUGCCACUGUCUCGAGCCGGGUGUCCAGUAGCCAACACGACGGUGGCCCUUCCGUUCAACCUCACCACCACCACUACCUCCACCACUCCCAUUACCAUUACCACCCCCGCUGGUCCUUCACUCAUGAGCACCUUGGCGCUAAACUCAACCCUGGCACCAGAGUCAAUCCAGCCAUCUGACACGGCUCACCCGCUCUACGGGCUCUCUUACUGCCUCAACUCCCUGUGGGGGACGCUCCUGUGUAUCAUCGUGGCCCUCAUCGUCACUGCUGUUACUGGCUUCAACAAGCCCACUGACGUGGAGGAGAAGCUGAUCGCCCCGCAGUCGUGGGUCUUGUUCCAGAGAUCGCUUAUUCUCCAGGGCAAGGAGUUCUUCUGCAAGACUAUCCUUCGUAGGUCAUCCCACAUCAAGGAGGAAAAUGAUGCGGACAUUGAAGUUAAGGAUCCUCUACACAAUUCCAUGGAAUCCAAGGGAGCCAGAGAGGUCGACGUCGAGAGCAGAGGAGCCGUAUGAAGGGAAUAUUUCCGGAAAGCGAAAGGCUGUCUGGAUGCACAUUACUAUCGAGUAUUGGUGAUCUUUAAUCUUAAAUUCCAGAUGCCGUCUAAAAAUAUAUAUUUGCUAUUCAAAGGUACCCCUGAAUGUACAUUCUGUCACAAUAAUGUUUAGUUAUUGUUUUAAGUUAAGCAUGCCGGCGAAGGCAGCCAUCACCUCGGAUGUGUUCGUGAAAAUCAAUAAUGAAACGACUUUUCUGAAAAAGAGGAAGUGGUGUUUCCAGCGGAAGGAAAAAUGUCUUCAGAUAAAUAAAACUCCACACGGAGAUUACAAGAACGUGGCGUAUAUAUGAAAAAAUAUUGAGGUCAUUGAAUGGGAUCGAAUCGUGGGGAGUCCAGGAACGUGGAUUCAAUCCCAUUAUACAGUUUCAAUAUUUUAUCAGAACUGCGAAUGUCAUGCCACUCUAUGACAAUGAGUGGCAACCAAUGCGCUCACGGCACCAAGAAAAAUGUCUUUAAAAUGAGUCACAAGCGUCUUACACAGCACUAUGCCUCUGACUACCUAAGCAAGCAGUCAUGACUCCAAAGACAUCCGGUUGACAGAGAAGUGUUGUGGUGCUGAAGAUACAGUGUUGAUCUGUAUGUUGGACGACACCCACUGGAAUCAAAUACCUCUCAGAGGAUUAUAUCCAAACUGUAGAGUUUCCAAUUAUUAUCUUGACUUUGUGUAUGAUACUUCUUUAUUCAUUUUCUGAUAGUCUAGAUAUUAUUAGCUUUUAUUAUUUAUUUUAGACAAAAUAUUAUCUCAAUUGUUUCAUGUAUUCAGUUGUCUGUCUCUGCUGUACGACCAAUUAUGUUGAUAACACAAAAGUGAAAGCUUUUGUAUCAUAUCAUCGUGUAAGUGAGGCUGCAUCUACUUAAGAAUUACAUAUGUACUAGGAAAGAGUAUGGAAAGUUACUUAUUUUUCUUGCUAUUCUGUUUAUUUGAAAACAUUUCGAGUCACUCUGGAAAUGUUAGGACCUUCUCGCCCAUAAGAUUACUGGGGUUGUAAUUUGCUGCUGCCCACUGUGUAGUGGGGAAGGCAGGGGAGGGGAGGAAGCCUGCCACUGUGUAGUGGUGGAUGGCGGGGGGGAAAUAGCCAUUUUGUGGACUCGACCGCUUUUUGCAGGUCGCCGUUCGAUCCCAGAUGGUCCAGUUGGAUGGGCACCGUUCCUUCACUCCUUUCUCAUAUCCCAGCUCUUAUCCUAUCCUCAUAUCUCAGCUCUUAUCCUGUCCUCAUACUCCAGCUCUUAUCCUGUCCUCAUAUCCCAGCUCUUAUCCUAUCCUUAUAUCUCAGCUCUUAUCCUGUCCUUAUAGUCCAGCUCUUAUCCUGUCCUUAUAUCCCAGCUCUUAUCCUGUCCUCAUAUCUCAGCUCUUAUACUGUCCUCAUAGUCCAGCUCUUUUCCUGUCCUCAUAUCCCAGCUCUUAUCCUGUCCUCACAUUCCCAUUAUCUAUCCUGUCUUCAUAUCCCAACUCUUAUCCUGUCCUCAUAUCCAAGCUCCUAUCCCAUCUUCAUAUCCCAGCUCCUAUCCUGUCUUCAUACCCCAGCACCUAUCCUGUCCUCACAUUCCUAGCACCUAUCCAGUCCUCUUAUCUCUUUCAAGUGAUAUAUAGUCAUACUGAAUUAGCGCUUUUUCCUUAUAAUUUUCCAAACCUGUUUGUAGUAACUUUUAAAAUGAGAAACUUGUAUAAUACUGCUUGACCACACGUUAUAAUUUUCACUGCAACAUUUUCAUUAAAAGAUUAUUCCCCUAAAAUAUACAAAUCUCAGUGAAAUAAAAAAAAUUGAUAUAUCUACGAUUGAAUGUGGAGUUAGAUGCCAUUCUUUGGUUUCAUUAUUUGUUCCUACAGAUCAACUCUCUCGCAUUUUUGUUUUCUCCUUUUUUGUUAGGAAAUCUCUCUCAUGUCCACAACGCAAUUCCUAAAGAGGCUGCUUAAUGUCCAUCCUACAAAAAAAUAGGUUAGGAAUUUACAUUUUUAUGUCGUGAGGUUUGGAUGCGUUUGUACAAGAAUGAGUACCAUUCACGAGCAAGCUUCACACUGCUUGCUAAUGAGUGAGCAAGUACCAUUCAUGAAGCAAGCAGUGGUGAUUGGGGAUGUGCCCCAUUCCCAAUCACCACUGUUUUCCCAACUCAUGGAAACUGGCAUACAUUAGACCCGUCGCAAAACAAGUAAUACUUUCUUCCGUCAAACGGGAGGUCUCAUAGUCCUCCCGUUUGGCGGGAAGGAUUGUGGCUCAUGACUCCUCGGCUCAUUACUGCUUCUGAAAGCAUGUGUCCCAUCGCACGUCAGUAACUAUCGCUGGGAAACAUGUUACACACUCACACAUACUGUAGGAAUGCUUCCUCAUUUUGGCUUUUAAAAUAUUGGGACUCGAAUCUCGUGUGCUAUAGAGGUUUGUGUUAGAUAUUUCUGAAUCAUGAGAAAGAAUAGUAAAUGUCGCACAGUGGACUGGAUAAAUGUACAAGUCCUCGUGUACUAUGGAGGUACUUCACCUGUUACACAGUGGUACGCAUACCAGUCCUUGUGUACUCUGGAGGUACUUCACCAAUUAUACAGUGGUACUAAUACCAGUCCUUGUGUACUCUGAGGUACUUUACCAAUUAUACAUUGGUACGAGUACCAGUCCUCGUGUACUCAGAAGGUAUUUCACCAGUUAUACAGUCAUAUUCUGCCUCACCAUCAUAUUCUAGCACCAUAUACCUGAACAAAGCCAGUAACAGAAGCCAGCCUCAUGUCUGACUCUCUAUCAUUCCUUGUAAAUACUUAGAACAUUAAUAAGUAGCACAAUUAACCUACACUAUGAAACGAAUUACACAAUUUGUAUCAAAUUAUUCAAUUAUCAUUGAAUAAUUAUAACUGAAUCAUUUUUGCUAAUGAUUCUUAAUCUGUUUUUACAUGUUUAGUCAAUGUUGAUAUCAGAUAGAAGAAUCUUACAUUCAAUAUUAAACUCUAUUGCGUGUAUUUGUAUUAUAUUUUUAUAUGGAAAGUACUGUACUUAUGUAUUUAGUUCGGUUAAUAUAAUAUUUGCUGAGUCUUUUGAAGAAAUCUCAGAACGCUAUGCAAAGUGUUGUACUUACCUCUCUGCUCUGGUGUACAGAGACUAUGUGUACAUUAUAUGUAUAUUGAAUCAU